GAUCCUUCCUCUGCUUCUUCCAGCAGCUCUCAGUCAGACUCUCUCAGUGUUUGUCAGGUCAACAGAGGAACAUGGCUUCAUCCUUUCUCAGCUUCUCCCUCCUCUUCAUCAGCCUCCACGCAGCAGAUGGAUUUCGGAGCUUUUAUGUGUCCCGCUGUGAGUUUAACUCCACUGAGCUGAAGGACAUCGAGUACAUCAGGUCUACUUAUUACAACAAGAAGGAGAUCGUCAGGUUCAGCAGCAGUGUGGGGAAGUAUGUUGGAUACACUGAGUACGGACUGAAGUGUGCUGAUUACUGGAACAACAAUCCUUCAUAUAUGGCUGGGCUGAGAGCUUCGAAGGAGAGGUACUGCCUAAACAACGUUGGGAUCGACUACCAGGCUGCUCUGACUAAGUCAGCUGAGCCCUACGUCAGGCUGCGCUCCAAGACGCCCUCUGGUGGUAAACAUCCCUCCAUGUUGGUCUGCAGCGUCUUCAGCUUCUACCCCAAACAGAUCAGAGUGGGCUGGCUCAGAGACGGACAGGAAGUCACCUCUGAUGUCACUUCCACUGAUGAGCUGGCAGACGGGGACUGGUACUACCAGGUCCACUCUCACCUGGAGUACACGCCCAGGUCUGGAGAGAAGAUCUCCUGUGUGGUGGAGCACGCCAGCCUGAAG